AUGUCUCCCCACACACCACCAGUUAAAGCGAUUCCCUCGAACGUCUGUCCUUCAUCACUAGUGGUUCCCAAACUCCCGGUCACUGAACUUAAAGGCCUAGUCCUGCACCCAAAGGAAAGCGAGGUUCCAGGCCGGCUCUACCGUCACCUAGGUAGCCGGCUGCACGACCUAGAGCACACCUUCUCAGUCUCUCCAACCACCCCGAAGCCUCGGCUGGGUGCAGGAACGCAGGGUUCAGACCCUAGGUCUGUCUCAGAGACCCUAACGCAGAAGCAGGACGAAGGUGUGACUGUAAACGUCAAUGGGCACGGACAAGAAGAAGAUAAAAGCCAAAGCCCCACAAAAACGGCUCCCGAAGGGAAGUCCGACUCCGAACUUUACCCUUCUCCCUGGAUGGGUCAAAGGGCGGACAGCGGUGCUCGCCAAGCCUUGUGCUCCGGAUCUCAAGCCUCCCCCGAGCCCCCGCUCGCUCUUCAAGCUCCGGGUGCAGGCGCCCGAGCCGGUGCAGGCGCCCGAGGGGCGGGGCCCGCCGCAGGCCUCAGCGCUCCAGCGCCCUCCCCACCGCCCCAACAACCGGAAGCGAAGAACCUACUAAGCUCAGUCCCGGGUGGGCGCCGCCCGGGCCAGCCCCCGCCGCCCCCAGCGCCGUCAGCCCAGGAAGCUCGGCCACGCGGCCCGGGCGUACUCGCAGGCCCGCGAUGGCGGGGCGGCGGAGCAAGCACACAAAGGAGGUGGCGUCAGCGGGGAACAAAAACCCGGCCGGGGCCUCCCUUGAACGCCCCGCACAGGCUGGCGCCCCGGAGCGACUCCCGGCGUGACCUUGGGCGCGUCCGUCCCCCUCCCCAGCCCCCGGCUUCGCUGGCUUCGCUACACCCGAGCCGCGGCCGCAGCCCGCUGGGGCAGCCAAGGCUCUGGGCGAGGCGCUCGCACGUCCGUCCCCCUCGCCGAGCCGGGCCGGGCCCGGACGGCCACGCGGACGGCGGGGCGGGGCGGGGCGUGGCGGGCGGGCGAGCGGGGCAGCGGUCCCGAGGGAGGCCGGCCUUGAGUUCGGCCCGAGCUGGCUUGGCCACGCUACGGCGGGCCGCCGCGCCGCCGGCCUCCACAAGGCCGCGAAGCCGUCCGAACCCCGCAUCCGCUCGGCCCUGGCUGGCCGCUUGUUCUCCGCGAAGCCUGACUUACCGGGAGCGAGUUUGGUGCGGCAUGAGUCGCCGCCGACGCACUCUGGCGAGGAAGCACCCCCGGAAGCCACCGAGGAGAAAUCCUCGAGCAAGACGCCGCCGCCUCCACAGCGACCCACUUCCGUUCCUGAGGCCUGGGCUUCACCCCCCGCGCACUCCCAUUGGCCGUCGUCUCCUCGACUCCCGCGGUCUACCGGUCCAGGAGGUAUGUUUUCAAUCCUAUUGGCUAAAAAACCCAUCUAUUACCGCUUUGAAAUGCGCUUCUUUCCGGCCCCGCCCACGUCCGCAAGCUCGAGCUCCCGCCUUCCCGCGAGACUCGCGGCCUGCACACCCACUCCCCUCCCGGCGCGCAAGGCCUCUCGGGAGUUGUAGUUUACUGGGCUACUGCGGCGGUGGGCUCCCGGCGUUCUGAGGCGACGGCGUGGAGCUGGAUGUUAUCUCGGGCCAGCGGCCGAAGUUCCCCUCCUGUUAGCGUGGCCUUGGAACUGGCUCCACAGGGCUUGUUCAUUUCAGGCCAGUGAGCCUGGAGCAGAUGUUCACACAAUGCCUUGAGGACAGAGAGCCCUCCUAAGAGAGCCACCAGGGAGAGAUGACUCUUCUUCCUCGAUGUCGUGAGGCUGGAACUGCUACUGGCUUGCAGACCAAGCUCCAGCAUCAGGCAUGUCCUGAAGCCCACCCCACCUUUGGACUGCCAGCUACGGGAGUUAAUAUGCAUCCUUUGAAACUCAAAGAGCUCCCGAGGGACUCUGGACAGGCCAUCGUCCGUGUAUUUCCUUGAAAUCAAGUGGAAUGGAUUUCCAUCUCACAUAACACUGAAGAUGGCCUCUGAAGUGUUCAGGAGUAAAGAGUGUCUGAUGCCUGCAACUACUUCCAGAUGGUUCUGCAGGAACAGGAGCUUCAUCUGCACCAGCUUGACGUUCUUCUGCGCCUCUGUCACCUGCUCCACCAGCUCCUUCAUGGACUUUUCCUCCUGGAGGCGCCUCUCAGUGCACUGCUGCAGCAGCUCCGCCGUCUGCUCAGACAACCGACCCGGCACGGUCAGAGCCAGAGGUGCCCCCCAGAGCAGGCCUGUGUCUCCUGCUCUGUCCCUGCCCCAGGAACGGCAUGAGGUCCAGGGAACAGAACCAGCCCCUGACCUCCAGUCACCUUGGAAGCCGAAUCUAAGCUCCUCAGCUCCUGGGAGUCCCCUGGAGGUCAGGGGAGUUUCCACCUCAUCUCUUCCCUUCCUCCACUAUGGUCCUGGGGAAACCAAGUCAGAGCCACUGGGUUUGCCCCAAAGCCCACCUACCCCUGGAUGCCAGGUGAGAGAGGUGGGUUCUCAUUGGUUGGAAGCCCUAGGGAGCACAGGACUUGCCAGACCUCCGGGCAGCCUCAGGCUCCUGUCCUAUGAGCCCCCAGGCAUGUCCUGUUGGUCACCCCCCUCUCUUUUUUCUCACAGUGCCUCAUUAGGGCAGAGUCUUAAACAACAGGACAGGGGGCGGUUUUGCCACUUGGAUGCACGUGACUGGCACUCUCCUGUGUGUCCAGGGACUUCUCGCCUUUUUUGCUCCAUUCUGCAUUCAUUUGCCUUGCACUGUGGUCUCCUGGACUGUAGCUGGCUUAUUUUUGCAGCUGUAUGUUUUGGGGACUAUAUCACAAAGCUUUCAUCCAUUCUACUGUGGAUGGACAUUCAGAUUGCUUCUGGCUUGGUGCUAUGGUGAAUAAUUCAGAACACUGUUUUUAGUCCUCAAGACACUGCAAGGCACAGCGUGGGGUUUCAACCUCCUGUCACUGGCCCAGGGUGGCCAUGGAGCGAGCCAACUCCUAGCUCCGGCUGCCUGUGCAAUGGGGAGCUCAUCUUUAGCCGCACAGUAAGAUGGAGUCAGCCUGCAGGCAGCUUGGACUUCAGGCUUAGAGAUGGGGCAUGAAGCAAUCCUUCUGUAAAACAGUUUGCUGGCAUGCAUCAAAAAUGGCUCUUGACCAACCUUUUCGAUUUAGACCAUAGAGUUAGACGUGCUCACACGGCAGAAGGACAGAGGGCAGGCAGAGGGAUACAGGAGCCCACCUGGAAGAGCUUCCAAAAGCCAAAGCUUGCAGCAAAUACUGUCCCAUUGGGUGAUAACACAAAGUGUAAAACAACUAUGCAUGAGUCCCCACUGAAAGAAGUAAUCGAAUGAUUAAGUAAGUGAGGGAGAGGAGAGGAGUCCUCCGCGCAGAGGAAUUCUCUGUAGGCACCGCUUUCUGAGUGUGGGCUUUGCUUACAGACCCCCUUCUAUGGAGUAUCGAAUGGUGGGGAAGAUGAUGGCAGCGGAGAGAACGGCAGGCACGACCUUGACCAGGGGACCAAGGUCAACAUCAUCAGUGAUGAGUCUGUUGAAAGCAGAUGCCCUUGAGAGCAUGUGAUAAGAAGAGCACUUCGCCCCUGCAGUCUUGCUUCCAAAACCCACCGCCCCAGUCUCACCAUGAGAAGAACAUCAGACACAUUCCCGCCAAGGGGCAGUCCACAGAAUACCUGACCAGCUCUCCUCCAAAUUGUCAAGGUCAU